UGGACAGACAGCGUUCGGAGGGACAGUCCUGUCACUGAACACUCCCGAGCACAACACUGGCGGACUGCGGAGCGAGAGAUACCACAUCUCGAUCCGAGACCCAGACUUGUGACACAAAGGGCGGUCGAGUGACCGGCCACGAGAUUUGCCAUGCAAAUCACCACCUUGCCUCACCGUGUCCUUGUUUAAACAUAUACAGCCUUGAGCGCCCGCUUGUCAAUUUGAGGGUCCGGAAAAGUUUCUGAUCGACGAUUCCAUGUCGAAACAACAGUUCAAGCCUACAGAAGGCACGAGCGCAGAGUAUAAAGAGGACACGGAGCUCACGGACCAGAACCAAAACAUCCAUGACGAAGAAAGCCAGCAACAGCAGCACCGAACCCGACACACAAACGCCGAUGAUCUCGAUCGUUUGCGUUUCACUGGUAAGAGACACUCGCGGAGCCCAGAGUGUAUAGAGGACAAGGAGCUUACGAACCAGCACCAAAACAUCCAUCACGAAGAAAGCAAGCAAAAGCAGCACCGAACCCAACACACAGACGCGGAUCAUCUCAACCGGUCGAGGUUCUCUGAAUAUUUAAUGGUCACCGAGCAGGAGCGGAAGAAGUUGGACGCCCGAGCAAGUGCUGGGGAGGAGGUCGUGCCCGGCGGCCGCGGUGGAAAGUCUCUCGAAGCUCAGGUUCAUCUGGCCGAAGGUCGUAGCAAGGGAGGACACACUCGCUCGAGUCAGCUGGGGAGAGAAGGUUAUCAGGAAAUGGGACGGAAGGGAGGUUUGUCCACGAGUGAAGAAUCGGGUGGAGAAGCAGCGAAAUCGAAGGGUAUCAACAUCGACGAAAGCAAAUUGAAGACCGGAAGGACGGAGGGGUAAAAACCUGAUGAUUCCGUACUAUGCCCUUCGAAAUGCAAAUACGUACAGGACGCAGUGAAGGGUUUGUUCAGAAAGCGUUGAUGAUGCAUGCCACUUGCAGCGUCGUGAUUUUGCCAUUGUACAUCCGGAUGUGGAUUUUACUGCGAGCGGGGCAUGCCCAAAGUUAGUGUUGUACAUACAGCCUGAAGAAGGGGAAAUUAAAAUGGGUACGUUCGUAAACAUAAAUAGUGGUGUUAGAAGAGUUACGGUGGGAUGUGCAGAUGGUUAGAUUAAUGGAAAUGAUAAGAUUUUUCCUUUGCCGCAAAUUAAAACCUGAGACCUAGUAAAAAUCCCGACAAAGCGUGGGUCUUUUCUUCACUCAUGCCGAGAAGAAAUUCCCUUACACCCUUGCGUUGCUGUUAUGACGUAAUUUUAUCUGCACACGGAUAGUUGUCAGCGGGAAGCAGUCGGCUAGUGAAAGAGAGAUCUUGAGGUUUUUGGGAAUAAGUAAUAAAAAACCACAUUUUAUUUUAUUUUGGCAUGCACAUAUACCAGUUAAUUCAUUCAUGCUAUUUCGGCUCAUAAUUAAGGUUUGUUGCCUUUCCCAGUCCGUCUUUGAAAUUCUUCAGUGACAAUAUAUAACCUCAUCUUUCUUGUCAAGGCCAUUUAUAGUUAUUUUUAUAAAUAUUUGU